UUCUUCUAUCCCACUCCUUUUUUUUUUUUGUUUUCAUCAUUCUUUAAAAAUGAACGGAAAGAAUCGAACAACAGAGUUUUUUGCCUUAACAGAGCGCAUUAAGAAAAGACAACUCAAUGUUAAAGUGAAAACUCAUCCUGUUGAGAGAAGAAACACAUCAGGCUCCGAAUUCUCUAGACUAGCAGCCCAAUUAGGACGAAAUAUUGCAACCACUUCAGAAAAGCUCCAUCAAUUAACGUAUUUAACAAAAUCAAAAAAUGGAAUGCAAGAAAUCGAUGUAAGCCUUUUUUUUUGCUGUCACAUCAUCACCAUCAUCAUCAUCUGUUUCUUACCAUCCCUUUUUUUUAGACAUUGCGUCAGUCUAUUAAACAAGAUAUUACAAAAUUAAAUCAGCAAAUUAAAAUUCUUCAAUCAAUUAGAAACAGUCAACCAUGUUUUAAUACAAAGCAAGCAUCAGAACACACUAAUAAUGUUAUCACGUCCCUACAGUCUAAAUUAGCUGACACAUCGCUGAAUUUUAAAAACAUAUUAGAGCUUGAA